CAGGCAGCAAGGCGGGGCCUCGCACGUCAGCGGCGGGCAGCUGCCGGGGGCUGCCGAUGGUCCCGGCAGAAGAUGGCGGCCGCCGGCCGGCCCGGGCCCUGAGCAGCGCCGAGCCCGCUCCGCCCGCGGGGCCGAGGCCGCCGGGGGGCAGCGCCAGGCCCGGGCCGCACGGAAUCUGACCUGGAAGAAGCCAGCCAUGAAAGGUCACGGGAAUUUGUACUGCCUGUCUCCACAGUUACUAACAAGUGCGUUCCUGCUGGACCAUCAAUUUGACCAGAAGUUCAUAUAGAGCUGCAGUCUGAAGAAGAGGAGGAGACCUUUGAAACUCGCCACCAGAAACAUAGUUCAGCCACCCCUGGGGUUUUUGACACCUCCAGUACUUAGACCUGCAGCGUGAAGAUGAAGAUUUAGAGCGCUGUUCCUCUGAACGCUCAGAGGAACCUCGAUGGAGAAGCAAGGAUGAUGCAAGCAUCAUUCUUAUUAAUGCUUUUGGGAGGAGGACCUGGAACCCAUCUCUAGAGAUGCUUUGACUUACAGGAGAAAGAAAUGCAAUGCCUCUUUCCGGGAUGCAAAUACCCAUUCUGAAAACCUGUGAGCUUUGUUAAGGAGAUCCACCGAGACAGCCGUCCAGUGCUCAACAUAACUGCAAUGCUGGGGCAAUCUCUGCAAAGUUACGCAGUGGUGCUGGAGAGUGAUGAUGGCUGCAGGAAGCACCGCACCGGUGAUUGAAAGCUCCCUGUGGAGCUGCUGUCAUCAGAGGCUGCUGGGACAAAUCUAGAAAACCUUGCAAAUUCACAGCUUGGUAUGGCAUAAAUGAAAACAUCUUCCUCACAAGAAGGGAGGACUGUAAGGAGAGCUGAGAAUGAGGACUUACCAUGAAAGACUUGACUCUCUUGGCAUACGCAUCAUCAACGAGCUGCAGGUGAACACAGCGUACACAUCAGAGGAUGGAUGUGAAGGUGGACUGGGGCUCUGAGAGUAACACUUGUGACACAGGUGAGAAGCAGUCAAAUUACUCCAGAAAGCCCACUGAGGACGUGGGCCACAAACCUGACCUUCAGGAGGAGGUAGACAUGAAUUACUCAGAGACAUCCAGCCCUUGUUGCAACUCUGCUGGCCUGCCAGGUAAGCAGGAGCUUCCAGCAGAGUUGCAGAGUGAAGACAAGGAAACCUAUGAGACCUGCUACCAGAAACGAGGUGAGAGCACAGCUGGGAUAUUUGUCCCCUCCAGUACCAACUUUGACCUGCAGUGUGAAGAUAAAGAUGCAGAGCGCUGUUCCUCCGAGCGUUCCAAGAAGCCACGGAGAAGAGCACGUGGUGACAAUGAAAAUGCCAUUCUUGGUGGUGUGUUCGAUGAGGAUGUGGAACCCAUCUCUGGAGAAGCUUUGCCAUAUCGGUGCAAGAAGUGUGGUGCCUCUUUCCAGGGUAUGAGCGAGCUGCAGGAACAUAAGCAAACUCACCUCGUGGAAAACUCCUAUCGAUGUCCUGUCUGUGCCAAAGAGUUCUUUCGCGCGGCCAAUUUGCGAAUGCACAAGCUGAUCCAUUCUAGUGACAGGCCGCACAAAUGUCCGGAGUGCGACAAGGGUUUCAUUCGCACGGCUGAUGUCUGGAGGCAUCUACGCAACGUGCACAAGAUAGAGCGCUCCAUGGUGAUUUUGGGAAAUGGCAUGGCCAGGAACCCAUGGUCGAUCGUGCACCGUAACCAGCAGACUGUUGAGUACACCGACCAGCCUUGUGCAGAGAACCACAAGGCUGAGGAAGAAGACUGUAAGCCUUACGCCUGUCCGACGUGCGGCAAAGGUUUCGAUAAACCUAACCUCCUUUCCAAACACAAGGUGAUCCACCGGCAAGAGAAGCCCUAUAAGUGUCAGGAAUGCGGCAUGGCAUUCGUGCAGCUGCUCAGGCUGAAAAGACACCAGCAGACUCACUCCGGGGAGCGCCCCUUCUACUGCGAGGAGUGCGGAGGGACGUUCACCCGGCUGGCAUCGCUCCAGCGCCACCAGCGCAUCCACACCGGUGAAAAACCCUACUCCUGCGACUACUGUGGUCACUCCUUCACUGAGUCAGGUACCCUCCGGAGGCACGAGCGCACGCACAAACUGGACAAAUCGUAAUUCUUUGUUCGUUUGUGGCUGCAGUCUCCUUUGGUUGCUUCUUAACCUGAAUGAGGCCUGUUAGAGAGGCCUGGGGAAAGCACUCCGCUGCAUGCACUACAGCCAGUCUGGACCCACUUGAGCGGGGAGCUCAGGAACUUGUGCUGGUAGAGCUUGCACUUACUGGCUUUAAACUGUCUUUGCGUGAAUAAAUAGCUAAAUUACCAGUGAGUAACGAAAUGUGAGACUUGUGAAGACUGAAAUAGCUCACAUGUGCUGGCACUGUGUCACCUCUGUGAAUCGGAGAUGCAUCUGCUUGAGCUUUUUGCAAGGAUGCAUGGGCUAUGAAACUGCUCUCUGCAGUCUUGGUCACUGGACAGAUUGGCCCUGCCCUCUUGAGUGUGAUGACUCCUUGGCGCUGGGUCUGGAGAUCUGUUGUUGCAGGUCUCUGCUAAGCCGGAACAGUCCAUGGUUGUUCUUGCAUCCUUCUUGCAUUCUGCAGAGUUUUUCUUUCCGUUAUGUAUUUUUAUUUGGAGGGGAAGUAUCAUGUUGGUUAUUUUAAAAAAAAGCAAACAAACAAAAAACCUACCCACAAAACAGUUCCUUAAUAAACUAAAUACUUAUCAGCUGUAUUUCAUAAAUGUUUCGAUCCAAGGGAGCACCAGUCCCUUGUGUUAUUGGUUGAAUGACCAUUGAUGAUGAUGAAGAGAGAGUUCUAUUUUCGUUAUGACAGUGCAUAUUCUUGGGGUGAGGGAUUUGAAUUCAUUUAUAUUUAUGAUGGAACUGUGUGCUCUGUAUCUGUCCAGCUGACUGCUACAGUAGCAAAAGUCUGAGAACACAAAAAUUGAAAGAGCAGGAGAAAGACCCAAAUUUAGUCACCUUUGCUACUUGUUGCAUAGGGAUCUUUUCCAAAACGUUAUUUCCUAAACAUUUUUGAACAUAAGGAAGUUUCUCCUAACAAAAGCAUCGUUUUGUGCUGUGUCUGUGUACUACUCAAAGUGUGUGCUAGGUUCACUUUGAUUUAGAUUCAAAUGAUCAGUGAAGAACAAUUUCCUUAGAAACUAGCCAGGCAGACUGGAGCAGAUGUUGCCAAAUACCCCGGGACUAUAACAUUGAAAGAGGUAUGUAUUGACACAAUAUGGCAGUGGGGUUUUUUAACUUUGAAACGUAAUUAUGGCACUUAAAGUAGUCUAUUGUUGAACACUUUGGUAGAAGUAUCCAGUUUGUCCUUAAGUGACAGCCCAAAUUUCCUUUCUGUGUCAGAAAGCUUUGCUCCCUUCCCCUGCCAGAUGCUGUAAUUUCACUAGUUUCUGUCUAAUGCAUCCUGCCUUUUCAGCAGGAGGCUGUGCAGCAGGGUGAAAGUAAAACUUCAGGGUAAUGUACCUUAGCAUUUACUACCAGGCUAUUUCAUGUAAAGAACUGAUGUGCCAUUUGUUUGCAUAUUCCGUAGAGUAAAAAUGACUGACCUUCCCCUGGCUUUUGGUGCAGGCGUGAAGUCCGAGUUCCACGUUUCUGAACUUGGGCUACCUGUGAUGCUGUUUGAGGGGUGCUGACUGUUGGGCUGAGCAGGAGAGUUACAGUCACGGUUACUGUAGAAUAAACCGCCAUCCUCUGCAACGCUUCAGCUUGGUUGUGAAUGGGAGGCUAAUUCUCCCAGUCUCACUAGUGGAUCGUUUAAUUUCAUUCCUCAAAGGAGUCACUGGAAAAGGGCUCUGAUCUGCGUUUCAGGUCUUAGGGAUGUGUCAUGCUGUCUCUGAAGUGAUGUAACAGAUACCUGUGCUGGGAUGGAUCUGGACCCUGCGUACCAUUUGCAUUUACUACGGCUGCGAGAGAGACUUCUCCCACCUCCCCCCUGCAGGUAGUUCCAGUAUCAAAGGGCUUUUCAGAGAGACUCUUGGCAAAGGGCCUUAUCUGAGCGCUGCUUUGUCUCUGUAAGAGGAAAGAUCUUCACACAGAGAAAGUUCUGGCUAAAAGGCAAUAGUGGGUAAAUGAUCUACAGAGAGAGGUCUGUUCUGUAGGAAUCACGCUGUUUGACAUCAUCUGGAGCCUCCCUGAGAGAGGGAGGAUAGCAAGGUGACAGAGCUACCCUAGAAGCUAUCAUGCACCGAGUUUGCACCCUCGUCCUCUAAACCCGUUUUUAAGGCGUCAGCUACAGUCUCCCUUUUUCAGCAUCCUCCUCUCCCUUGGGUAUGCAGUACUCUUGCCGUAGGGGGUUUUAAUAUCCAAUUAAGCUGCACCAGUAUGCACACCUUUAUGUUGUGUGACUGUUCUGCUUAGACAGUUGCGGUAAUUAGGAACAUCUAGUUAUUGUGCUGAGUGGGGUUAGCAAUCGGUGGGAUUUGUACCUGGAAAAGCAUAAUGGUGAAAGUGUUUUGAACAAAGGCCUGUUUAAUGGGAAAAGUAAAUGGCUGGUGAAAUGGAAACUACUAGGCUUAACUAAAAGGUUAUUAAAAAGAUACUUGCCUGGAAGGUUGA